ACAAUGGGUCUGACUACUAUCCCUACCAUGAGGAACCACCAUAUGAUACCCCGCCUAGGAACUUUGGAUAUUCUCCAUACCAAGAUUUUGAUGGGGAUAAUUAUUAUGAACCUCAUGGCGACCAAGAUGACUAUGACCACAAUGGGCCUAUGUAUGACAAUCAACCUGAUCCGCUCGUUGAAGAAAUCCUAAGAUUAGAACAGAAAAUCUUCUAUUUCGACGAACUUUUAUUCGCUGAAGGCUCUUGGUACGAACCACCCUACUCCCGUGACUACACCUUGUUUGCUGAAGAACAAAUUAAAGCGAACAAGGUGGCAAUUCGAGAAAGAGCAAAACUUCUUGAAUCAGUCCGGAAGGAAAAGGAGUUCGAAAGGAGAUUAUGCGAAGGAUCAGAAAUGAUGCAGAAAAUGCUGGACGACUUCCAAAGAGAGAGACUAGAAGCCGAGGCUAAAGCUAAUAAAUUAGUCAAUGAUCUCUGUAAGGCUAUUCAGCUUAAACGCUCCCUCCAAUCUCAAGAUCCACAAUUGGAGGAAGUUAAUGCUCAAAAAGAGGCUCUAGAACCUAUGACCAACCCUGAACCAUCCAACCAUCAGGUGCCAGUUCUAGAAGAUUCACCAAGUUCUACACCAUCACAGAAACCCGAGAGCAUAACAACUCUUGCUGGGGCUACUGUGGUGAUGUUACCCGAAUACCCUCCAAGCCAAGUCUCAACCGGCACAGUCGUACAUGAGGUGGAACCAACUGAGGGACCUGACUCAGAACCACCUAUGCUUAUUCAAGAACAGAAGGAGGAGGAAGUUUUGCCUAUGGCAAUAAACGACCAUAUCCUUAAUUGUGUUGAAGACACACCUCCAGAGGAACCUGUUCUGGAGGAGAUAGAGCUCACUACCUACCCCCAAGAUUCCAACAUUCAAGAGUCUAAGGAGGAAUCUACAGACGAAGAAAUACCUAGCACGAGGAACCAAUAACGUCUAUAGAUAAUCAUGCUUCAUCAG